AUGCCAUCGUGGAUGAUAUUUGUCAUCUGUUUUGAAGCUAAAGAUAAGAAAAAACAUAGAUUUUUGGCAGCUAUUGUAGUAGUUCAAACACCAAGCAAAGCGAAUAUCUCCAACAUUCGUCAAAGAGUUUCAGCAAGCAAAUCUUCAACUUCUACCUACAAGUCAGGUUACAUCCCAGUAACUGACAAUGGUAGCUCAGCUUCACUCCCCUCUGUGGUUGACCCAACAAGCAAAACCUUGGAUAACAAUCAAGCUGGUUCUGAAAAGAACCUUGAUGCUAUUUUCAACGCCAUCACUUCUUUGGGUGAGAGAAUAAAGCAUCUCGAAGCUGUUCCUCCUGUUCUGCAACAAGCUAAUCAACUUGAUGAAGACCCUGAUGAGGAAUCCGCUGAUGAGGAUUUCACUGGUAAACAUUGGGGUCUAACUACUAUCAAGGAGAUUAGACGUAACUACGAAGUUGGUGAUAGACUAUCUGUUAUAGGCGAUAAAAACUCGCACGAAGACCCAGGCAGUUAA